AUGUCAAAGGAAACUGCAACUACACCAUCAAAUAUCGAUAAAGAUGUUGAUAACAACGACAUUGUUCGUUCUUCGUCACCAUUAGAUAACUAUGAAGAGGAAGAGUUACAUAGUGAAGUUGAUGAUGAUUUAACAAAUAAUAAUAAUAGAACAAGACAAGAUUUUAAUAAAAUGAGUACACCCUAUUACUCUUAUCAUGUUGAUAGAACUAUUCAAAGCAAUGAUUCAGCUUAUUGGGCAAGGAGAUCUAAAACUAUGAUGACAACAACAUCUGAACAUAGUCUGGAACCUAAUUCUACAAGUUCAGCAUCUCAUGCUACUACUGUUAGUGGCAGUCUUGUUGAGGAUAGAGAUGGUGGUGUUGGUAUUGAAGUUGACAAUGGUAAAUUUAAUGAUACUGUAGAAGUUGCUGAGAAACAAAUUAAAGAGGAAUUAAAUAAUUUAUACACUGAUUUUCAUAAAUGUCUUGAAUUGCGCGAUAAAUAUAUGAAAUUCUCAUUACAACGACUUGGUGAUAAUCCAAAGGAUCAUGAGGAUUAUAAAAUUUAUCCACCACCACCUGCCCCGUCUUCUGCUGCUGAUUAUUAUGCGAAACAUUCUAAUCUCAAUAAAAAAAAAGCAGUGAAAAUUGUUGGUGAAGAUUUUCAUGUUGAAGACUGUGAGAUACCUGGUGAUCAUCAGUAUGUAUAUGAAUUAUCCACAGAUGGAGUUUAUUAUGUUUAUAAAUCAGAAGAAGAUCUUAAAAAUCAUAAAAUCAAAAACUACAAGGAUAAAAAAUAUUUUAUGGAUUUAGAUUUUAUAUUAAAUGUGAUUUCUGAUGGCCCGACAAAAACUUAUGCUUAUAGACGUUUACGAUAUCUGGAAAGUAAAUGGAACAUGUAUACUCUACUCAAAGAAUAUCAAGAGAUGGCUGAAUCGAAGAAAGUUCCACAUAGAGAUUUUUAUAAUGUUAGAAAAGUUGAUACUCAUGUUCAUAUAUCAUCUUGUAUGAAUUCUAAGCAUCUUCUAAGGUUUAUCAAAUCAAAAUUAAAGAAAAAUGGAAAUGAUGAAGUAAUUUUUAGAGAUAACAAAGUUCUCACAUUAAUUGAAGUAUUUAAAAGUUUAGGCUUGACAGCUUACGAUCUUAAUACGUUUCAUAGAUUUGAUAAAUUUAAUCUAAAAUAUAAUCCAAUUGGUGAAUCUAGACUCCGAGAAAUUUUUCUGAAAUCUGAUAAUUAUGUUCAAGGAAGAUAUUUUGCUGAAUUAACUAAAGGUUAUUUCAGAUUUGGAGUCAAAUCAAAAUCUGAAUGGAGCAAACUUGCAAAAUGGGUGGUACACAAUAAAAUAUUUUCACCAAAUGUCAGGUGGUUAAUUCAAAUGCCUAGGCUUUAUAGUAUCUACAAAUCUACCAAGACUGUUGAAAAUUUCGAAGAUGUUAUAAAAAAUUUAUAUGAGCCAUUGUACGAAGUUACAAAAAACCCAAAGACAAAUCCCGAGCUACACAUAUUUUUACAACGUGUAGUUGGGUUUGACAGCGUGGAUGACGAGUCGAAAGCAGAAAGACGUAUUCACAAAAAAUAUCCAGUACCAAAAAAAUGGGACACCGACCUCAACCCGCCCUACUCCUACUACUUGUACUACAUGUAUGCAAAUGUGAUCAGUUUGAACCAGUGGCGAAAAGAACGCGGAUUCAAUACUUUUGUUUUGAGACCUCAUGCUGGUGAAGCAGGUGACACUGAUCAUUUAACAUCGGCUUUCCUGACAUCACAUUCAAUCUCACAUGGCAUUUUGUUGAGAAAAGUUCCUGCAUUGCAAUAUUUAUAUUAUUUGAAACAAAUUGGAAUUGCAAUGUCGCCAUUAUCGAAUAAUGCUUUGUUUUUAACUUAUGAAAGAAAUCCAUUUAUGAGCUUUUUCCAAAAAGGAUUGAAUGUUAGUCUUAGUACCGAUGAUCCAUUACAAUUUCAUUACACUAAAGAGCCAUUGAUUGAAGAGUAUACACGUAAUUCGGUAUUGCAAAGUGGAUUUGAAAUGAUGUUAAAGAAGCAUUGGCUCGGGUCAAAAUGGUUCUUACCAGGUCCUGAUGGAAAUGACAUUCAUAGAACGAAUACACCAAAUGUUAGAAUAUCAUUUAGACAUGAGACAUUAAUGGAAGAAAUUAACAUGUUGGCAAAAUAUUCACGUUUAAAAUCAAGAGAUUCAUUUGUUUGUAACACUAUAGAAAUGUCUUUAUCAAAUUAUGAUAAAUAUUUAUCAUCAACACGAUCUUUAUCAGCAUCAGCAACAUCACAACAAUCAACACCUGAAAAAAAUGUUGUUGGUAAAGAUGGCGAUAUUGGCAAAGGAGAUAUUAAAGAAAGCGAUGACUAUUUUAAUAGUGGUUUGGGUGCUGGUGAACAAAUUGUUGCAAGUCCGGGUAAAUCUUUAUUUUCCGAUUCAGAAAUGGGAGUUAUUCCUGGUGUUGCUAUGUUUGUGGAACGUAUUCAUCAAAUUGGUAAAAAAUACAGGAAAGAUAAAACUGAUAAUGGCACUGGAAAUAGUAAUUGA